GGAAAACGUGUCAAAAUAUUUUCGGGAUCUGGCCGUUUUCAUUUCUUCACGUUUUGGACCUUCUGAUGGCCCUUCUUCUUUUUAGCCUACCAUGAACUUGUAGUGAUCCAUAGCUUUGGUGAGAAGCUAGUCAGCGAAGGCUUGGCCCCUUCGCGCGGUCGUUCAUUGCGGCUGUGGCGGCGCAGGUUGGGCGUCGAUCCAGUGUACAGGAAGUUUUCAUCUGGCGGAGAAAGAAGUUGUAAAGGAGGCUAGACAAUAAUUCUUCAGCAUUGCUCCCCUUCUCCGGGCAGUUUCCUUCUCCAGUAGUUAUUCUAAAUAAUGCUGUGAAUAUUGAAGUUGAGGAAUGGAUUCCUUGUUACCGAAAGACAGGCUUGUUCGCCUGUAUGAAGAUGUUCACGAUCCCGUGUCUGUCUUUCAUAUUGAUGCCUUGCUGGACGGAGUGUUGGCGAUGGUGAAUGAUUGCAAUUUCCCCAGCAUGCGCCGCAACAAGAAUGUUGAGAAUUUUUUGGAUCGUUAUGAGAAACCAGUUCGGCGCAUCAAUGAAGCUCGCUUGACGAAGGAUGACUUCAAACUGAUCAAGGUUAUCGGUCGUGGAGCUUUUGGCGAAGUCCAAUUGGUCCGCCAUAAAGCUACCAAGAAGAUUUUCGCUUUGAAACUUCUCAGCAAAUAUGAAAUGGUCAAGCGGUCUGACUCGGCCUUCUUUUGGGAAGAGCGGGACAUCAUGGCGCAGGCAAGCAGUGAAUGGAUUGUUCAGUUGCAUUAUGCAUUCCAAGACUUGACGUUUUUGUAUAUGGUGAUGGAGUACAUGCCUGGUGGCGAUCUUGUCAACUUGAUGUCUAACUAUGAUAUACCUGAGGAGUGGGCACAGUUCUACAUCGCUGAAGUUUGCCUGGCACUGGACAAGAUCCACUCGAUGGGUUUCAUUCACCGAGACGUGAAGCCCGACAACAUGCUGCUGGACGGCAGCGGGCACGUGAAGCUUGCCGACUUUGGAACGUGCAUGAAGAUGGACAGUAAAGGCAUGGUGAAAGCAGACACAGCUGUUGGAACACCGGACUAUAUUUCACCUGAGGUGUUGAAAUCUCAGGGUGGCGGUGGCUACUACGGGCGCGAAUGUGACUUCUGGUCAGUCGGCGUUGUGCUAUACGAAAUGCUUGUUGGUGAUACCCCAUUCUACUCGGACUCGCUUGUUGGCACAUAUGGCAAGAUCAUGGAUCACAAGAAUGCCCUCUCUUUUCCGUCUGAUGUGGAAAUUUCGAAAAAUGCCCAGAGUCUCAUAAACGGCUUCCUAGCUGAACGGGAGACGCGUCUGGGCACGUAUGCAUUUGACAAAAUCAGGGCUCACCCUUUCUUCAAGUCACACAAGUUCACCUGGGAAAACAUUCGCCAAGCUGUCGCACCUGUUAUUCCCGAGCUCUCUGACGAAACCGACACCCGGCAUUUUGAUGACAUCGAUGAGGAAGAUAAGGGCCAGGAGUCAUUUGCUGUUCCAAAGACAUUCGCAGGAAACCAGCUGCCCUUUGUCGGAUUCACAUUCAACAAGGCUGAGCAGUCGAUUGUGAAGGGUGGCGAGCCGCGUACUAUGAGAGGAAUGUCUCUGACUAACGAAUCUAUCAGUGGACGAGAUGUGUCCGAUCUACGCCGUGCUGUUCAAGAGAAGAACGAAAUCGAGGCCAAAGCCAAGGACGUUGGGCUGAAGCUUUCUCAGGUUACGACAGAGCUGGAGCAGAAGAAUACCAAGAUCGACGAAUUGACAUCUGAAGCAAAGGCUCAGCAGCUGGAGGUGGCAGAGAUGCGUGCACAGCUAAAGAGCUUGCAAGAGAUCAAGACUCUGUACCAAAAGGAAGUGAAAGCUAAGGAGGAGCUUGAACUCUCCCUGGAGGCUGCCGAGAGCACUGCGCGACUCUCAAUGACCAAAGAAAUCCUGGCUGCUAAUGAUAAGGCAUCUUUGCUAACAACUGAGCUUGAAGAUGCGCGGCGUUCUUUGAAGGAGGAGAGGGACGCCAGCUCUCAUCUGACAACCGCCAACAAGAACCGGACAGAGGAAUCUCUUGCUCUGAAAGCUGAGCUCAAGACUCUCCAAACAAAGGUUCACCAGCUUGAGGAUUCAGAGAAGGAGCUGCGUAACGUGCAGGAGAUGCAUGAGGCAGAGCUGGUCACAACUGGCAAGCUACAGGCAGCCAUCUCAUCAUUAGAAGAUGAGAAAGUUGCCCUGGAAACUGAAAUUCGUCGCGGCCAGGACGUAACAACAACCUGCAACAAGCAGCUCGCACAGCUUGAGGAGGACAUCAAGAAUCUACGCAAGGAAAAAGCCAACGUUGCGUAUGAAUUGACGAUGCAGACUCAGAAAUCUGAUGAGAUUAUCAAAGGCCUCCAGGAAGAGCUUCAGAAUGCGUCGAAGGAGAAGAAGAGCGCGACUAGCUCUGAAGAAGUCCUACGUAUGAAGAAGUCCUUGGAUGAGGAGAUUGCGAAGAGAAAAGACGCUGAAAGCCGGCGUGCCGAGGCUGAGCGAGAGCUGACCGUGCUGAUGGGUGACUUCAAGGACGCUCAACAGAAUCUACAGCGCAUGGAACAAUCAUCAUCAAGAACAAUCAGCAAGGUGCGUGAACUCUCCGAACAGGUGGAGCAGGAGGCACAUCGCCGCUCUAAACUGCAGGCCGAGAUCAAGCAGCUGGAGAGCGCCCAGCAGGCGUGGCGCACCAAGGAACGUCAGCUGCAGCAGUCCGUGCGUGACCUGACACGAGAAAAGUCUACAUUAGAAGCAGCUGUAACGCGCAGUUCUGAUGCAUCCAAGACAGCAAACCGCAAUCUCACUGAGCAGGUGGAAAUCCAGACCAAUCUUGUGUCCUCGACGAGGAAGGAGCUGGCUGACCAGAAGGCUGCUGCUGCGGAAGUGAAUAGCCAACUUUCUGCAGUCCGAAUGCAACUAGGCAGCGUGGAGACCGAAAGGGAUACUGCUUCUGCCAAGUUGAACAAGUUGACAGCCAAGUAUAACAGUGCCCAGCAGCGGAUCGAGCAACUCGAUGAACAGGUUAAUGAUGCUGAGCGUGACAAGAUGAUGUGGGAAGUACGGCUGAACGAGGCAGAAGCACGCGCCCGCACGCAACACCAAGAGGGCCGCACUAAGCAGGCUCAGCUGGAGGAGCAAGUAGAUCAUCUCAACGAGCGUGUCAGCAAUCUGGCACGGGAGCGCGACGAAGUGAUUGCUCAGUGCGACCAUCUUCAGGAGAAGCUCAACGAAGCAGCAGCGGUGGCGGCCAAGCAGGCAGAGGAGGAUCAGAACCUGCCAGAUCAUCAGGUUGAGAUGGCCAAGCUAAAGAAGCAGCUGGAAACCGAGAAACUUCUCAAGAUUCAGGCUGUGAACAAACUUGCCGAAAUGGUACAUAUGCGUGGUACCAUCAAGGGAAUAGGCAAGAACAAUAAUGACAGCGCUGCCGUGCGCAAGAAGGAGAAGGAAAUCCGACGACUAAAGGGCGACUUGCAACAGGAGCGUGACAAGUACUCCAAGAUGGUCUUCUCCUUCCAGAAGGACUUGACAGAUAUCCAAGCGCAAGUAACGGAGGAGCAGCAACAGCGCAAGCAGCUGCAGGCUGAGUUGAUGGAUCGGGAAAAGGAAAUUGAACGUGUUCGCUCUGCUAUUCAGCACGGCAGUGAAGUCAAUAGGUCCUGUACACCGGCAGGUGGCGCCACCCCAUCUACACAGCUCUCUCCGUCUUUAGGAGGUGGAGAUCAACUCAUCUCCAGUAUGAAGGUGCCGAGGAAUGCGAAGAACAUCCGCAAACACGGCUGGAAAGACCAGGUCAUACACGUCGACUUUACCAAGAUGUUGAUAAACUUCUACGAGUCACCCGAUGAACAGCACAGGAACGAGCCAGUAAUGUCCAUUGAUUUUGCGCAAGUUCAUCGUGUCCGUACGGUCAGCCCUGGUGACCCAUGUGUAUCUCGUGUUCAGCUGAAGGACAUCUCCAGAAUAUUCCAGGUCUACUAUGGAGACAGUCACAGUGCCGGUGCAUCGACAAUCAGUCAUGUGACGGAAGUCGGCGGCGAGAAAAUGGUCGAUUACCUGGGCCAUCGGUUUGUUUCCAUUCCGAUGCAUGUUCCGUCGAGCUGUGAUGCAUGUCACAAACCCCUCCAGUGGGCGCUGCUCAAAACCUACUCAUCUUAUGAGUGUAAUCGUUGCCAUCUCAAGUGUCAUAAGGACCAUGUUGACAAGCAAGAUGACGUAAUCUUCGACUGCAUAGGUGAUGUGAACAGUCGUGACCUGCUCAUUUUGGCCAACUCCGUGGACGAGCGGCAAUACUGGGUCAUGCGUCUGUCCAAGCAUGCCGUACGGCCGCAGUCCAUGGCAUCGCCGAGCCAAGUACCGCGGACGGAUAGCAUGGAGAGUCGUAGCAGUCUGUCGAGUGUUCUUGGCUCAGUUCCUCAGACGCAGUCACUGGGGUCGGUACACCUACACACAUCGCCCUCCCUUAGCCGGGCAAUGAGCCAUAGCAGUGUCAGCACACCGCCUCUUACACACACCAAGAGCACGCUGUUUGGCAAGCGCAAUCAGAGCCGCAAAGACAAGGACGAAGUGAAGCGCGUAUCAAGCCAGGGAAAGGGCGACUCCUCUUCCAAACCUGCAUGAUAUCAGCAACCAGCAGAUCAACGUUCAUGUAUUUCAAGGCGACUGGCGCUUAUUAAACUCAAUCCUUCAGCAGUACGUGGUCCAAUCAGAGUGACAAAGAUUCCUAUUUCAAUGUACUAGUACUUGUUCUCCAAGCAGUGUCCUUUCCUAGCUUUGUGUAUUGCUUGUUAUUAGUGUAGUGUACACCGUUUUGUAUGUACAAAGUAUGAUAUGGAUCAUUAUCCCAAGUCAGUGAUAGAGCUGCUCCUAUUCCUAGCGUUGCAGCUGUAGCUGCCGCUCAUCUACUAGUAAACACCAAGCAGUAUUUUGGUUACCAUCCUAUGUUCGCGUGUUUUGUUUUAUCUUCUAUCGGUGGCCACAAUAUACUAUGGGACAAGUACCUACCACCGUCCCACUAUGCUGCCCUCCCCGUCCCCAUUCUGUCUCAUAGCCGCCUCUGCUUGCCUCGUACCGUGACAGGUCUGCAGCAGGCCUGAUUAUUUAUUCUGGGACAGACCCCCUGUCUCCGCUGCUGCUGUUGCUGCUGGCGUUGCCUGGCUGCCUGGACAACCCAGUGUUUUAGUGCGGAGAAUUCCUCUGCUGUUGUUGUUUCCUUACCGUACUCAACGUUGUUGUCUAUACUGAGAUUGUCACUAACCCAUUCUUUUUUUCUUCAACUUCUCUUGCCGCCGUCUGUUUGCUACUAGUUCUUGUUUUACGCCUCAACGCCUCUUUACUUUGACUAGCACGUUCCUAGCCCCUUCCUCUGCUAGUCUACCAAUUCCGUCUCCAGCCCACGUGUACAUAGCAGGAGUAGCCUUUCUAUAUUACUAACGCAUGGCACGCGUCCUUGUUGCUCAAAACGUAGUUCUUGUGCUUGUGGCAGGAGUUUGCCACUGAGCCUUUGUAUGCUUGAUGAGAUUUGCACGUGUUAACAAUACGAGAAGUAGUACGGUGGUGCGGUGUGUGCACAGCAUUUUUGAAUAUUCCCACACUGGGUACAAAUACAAACUGCCAUUUCA